GAACUCCUUUUUUCUUUCCAUCUGUUCCAUCGCAAAAUAGCUUCUUUCAUAUUAUCCACAUUCUAAUGCAGAUACCACCCCUCCUGGAGCGCAUACGAAGUAAGCCGGUCACGAUAUGGGCAACAUCAUCGAUAAUAGCGCUGAUUAACCGGUUCGUCUACAGCCUGACGAUAGCAUGCUUGCCGGAUUUGCUACAGUCCAAACUCCAUGUGCCGCGUGCCGAUAACGGAAUGAUCACGGCAGUGUUUGGUGUUGGUGGUCUUAUUGCAGCCCUAUCUGUCGGGUAUAUCAGUGACAAGAUACAGAACCGGCUCUACCCGCAGCUGUUUGCAGCGUUCCUGUACAUAGUGGCUGGAGCGAUAUUCUAUUCCACUACGCGCUUCUACCAAGUGAUUUUGUUUCGAUUCGUGCUGGGCAUGGCAUCGAGUAUUGCAGAUACAAUUCUGUUCACGGUAGUCGCCGAUGUGUACCCGGCCAACCUCCUGGGACUAAAGAUGGCGGUGCUGUUUGUGUUUGACAAUGUCGGCAAUAUGCUGGGUCCAGUGGUGGGCGGCGAGGCGUACCAAGCAAUGGGAGUCGACGGUAUUGCGGUAAUUGUCAUGUGUUUGGGCAUGGCAGAGUUCGUAAUGAUAUCUGUGUUUGUUAGGAACUCGUUAGAAAUCCGUCACCUCGUCAACCCAGCCGAAGAUACCACUAUGCCUACCAUGUAUGUAGACAGCUCGACGUCCUCGGUCGCUGACGGGAAGCCGCUAGAAAUGGAGGCCAAUGACGUCGAGGGCAGUCAGGAGACAAGUGCUGUGGCGUCUACACUCAAUGGCCAGAAUGACAAGGGAAACGCGGAUACCCCCGAAACAGGCGACCUGACUAUGUGGAAGCUGGUGCGAAAAACACCCGUCAUUGGGCCCACUAUCGCCAUAUUCGUGGCCACGGGUCUGCAGAGUGUCAUUGAGACCGUGUUCCCACUGCGCCUAAACGACAAGUUUGGGUAUUCGCCCGAGAAAAUUGGUGUCGCCUUUCUGAUAGUCGACGGCAUUCUCAUCCUGGCCAUGCCGCUUGUAGGCUUCCUAAACGACCACGUUAUUGCAAGACGCGGCGAACGCAUGCGCUACUACACCAUCGCUAUGGGGGCAAUGUGCGUGUUGGUUUCGCUAAUUGUCAUUGCAGUUGCGCCGACAUACGCCGUUCUGAUUACCGGGUAUUCCCUGUUUGCUAUAACAGCCAUGGUGGUCAUUGUGCCGUCACAGAGCGCGUUUGGCGACUUUAUUAAUUCGACACAGUCGCCAGCAAUGGCGCAGUGCUACUCUCUGGCAGCGGUAGCAGAAGGAGUGGCCAAUAUCUCGCUGCCGCCGAUAUCAACAGCACUAUAUUCAGCAUGUGGGUUUUUGACAAUGCUGAUAUCGAUGGGAACGACGCUGUGCGUUGUAUGUGCUGCAGCUGUGCUGGCAUUCCCUGUGAGGCACUACUGGAUGAGAGCGCGGAGCCAGAUCUAGAACACAUAGUUUGUG